AUGUCCACUUUUAAUAUCUUAGAUAUUGUAAAGACCGCCCAAGAUGCGGGAAUUUCUCCAGCAGAUAUAAAUAAUUUAGUUGCACAUUUGAAAUUGCCUAACUUUUGUGAGAGCAAAGAUGAUAUUCAUGAUUAUCUUGCGCGUUUUGAGAAGAUUGCAGAAAUACAGAAUUGGGAGGUAGAACGUUAUCACAUUUACCUUGGAGCACAAUUGACAGGAAAAGCCUUAAAAACUUAUAUUAAUUUGCCUAAUAAUGUUCUUUCUAACUACGAAUUGGUUAAGGAUGCCUUGCUUAAAACUUAUUGCUUAGAUGCCGAGUCUUAUCGUAAGAAAUUCCGGGAAAGCAAAGUGAACGAGACAGAAUCGUAUGUUCAGCUAGUUACUAGAAUGGAACAGUACCUAAGAAAUUGGAUAAGUCUUAGUGAAGUGAGGGAGGAUUUCAACGACCUUUGUGACUUCCUUGUUAGAGACCAAUUGCUGAGCAACUGCUCUUUAGAUUUGCGGAUAUUUUUAAAAGAGCGAUUAUUUGACAACACUCUUGAUAUGGCACAAGCUGCCGACAGAUUCAGAGCUGCACAUCGCAAUAUUAAACCGCGGAAGACUUUCUCUGCGAGAGAAGAAACGAGCGAAAGGCGCGACGCAAAGUCCGACGUGGUAUGUCACAAUUGCAAAGCUACGGGGCACAUUCGACCUAAUUGUCCUGAAUUAAAAAGAUCGCGGUUGGGGUCAUCUAAGGUUAACUUCGUUUUUGAAUCGGAUCUUACUCCGCAGAACAGUGUUACCGACGAUGCGAUUUUAUUUAACAAACCUGUUAAUGCUCUCUUUGAUUCUGGAUGUUCAACUAUUAUAGUAAAAGAUUCGCUGAUUCCCCCGUAUGUAAAACGACGAAAGACCAUUACACUAUACGAUUACCUAGGUGUCGGCAAGACUUUUCCCGAAAUACGGUGCUUCAUAAAGAGUCGCUUUUUGACUGGAUGGGUGAAUGCCGUUGCGGCACCCAUCAAAUUCACUGACAUACUAAUCGGAAUGGUACCCGGGGUCAAGAUGCCAGCAUUAGAUUUAACGGGCAAGACUAAUAAUGGCAAAACUUCAGCGAUUGAUAAACAUGAAAUUGCAAGUGCCGAUAACUUAGUCAUGGAAAUUCAGACUCGAAGAGGUAAAAUGGCUGACCUUGCUAAACCUCGUGCCUUAAAUGUACCAGAACUUAUAAUUAAAGAUAUCACAAAACAAGAGCUGAUGGAAGAACAAGACAAAUGCAUAACUCUAAAUGACAUAAGAUCAAAAGUAGAGAGAGGGAGUAUAGUAAAUGUCAAACAUAGAUCAGUAAAGUAUGAAAAAGUUAACAAUCUCCUCUAUAGAAUUUGUCUUCAAAGUAAAAAUGAAAAUGAGAUUGGUAUGAAGCAAUUAGUUGUCCCUCGUAAGUUUAGACAUAUCAUCUUGUCAACGGCACACGAUUCCCCUGUUGCAGGACAUUUUUCGCAUCGUAAAACAUCUGAGAAGAUAUUUUACAAGUUCUUUUGGCCAGGCGCGGGUGCCGAUGUAAAGCGCUUUUGUCGUUCAUGUCAAACGUGUCAAAGAUCUUCCCCUAAAGGCAAAGUCAAGAAAGUACCGUUAGUGUCCAUGCCCGUGAUAAAUGAACCGUUUUCUCGCGUUGCCAUAGAUCUCGUAGGCCCGUUAUCACCUUCAGAAAGAGGCCAUCGGUAUAUCUUAACUCUAAUAGACUGCGCUACUCGUUUUCCUGAAGCUGUUCCUCUACGCAGUAUCGAUACGGUAACUGUCGCUGAAAACCUAAUUGAUAUAUUUUCGCGUGUCGGUAUUCCUAAAGAAAUCUUGUCAGACCGCGGCACACAGUUCAAGUCCGACCUUAUGAACGAGAUAAAUAGACUUUUGUGUGUAAAGGCUCUCUAUACGAGCCCGUAUCACGCUUGUUGCAAUGGCACAGUAGAGCGGUUUCAUGCAGUUUUGAAAUCCAUGUUAAGGAAACUAUGUAUGGAACAACCAAAAGACUGGGACCGAUACAUUCCCUCGGUGCUAUUUGCCUACCGUGAGAUUCCUAAUGACACUUUAAAGUUUUCUCCUUUUGAAUUGUUGUAUGGCCGUAGGGUUCGAGGACCACUUACAAUUUUGUAUGAACUGUGGACCAACGAUAAUCUGGACAGUAAUGUAAAGAACACCUAUCAGUAUGUGUUAGAUCUUCGAACUAAAUUAGAGGAAUCUGCUCAGUUAGCCUCAUCUCAUGCUAAGAUCAAUAGUAAUCUGUAUAAAGCCUACUUCGAUCGCGGCGCUAAAGCGCGCUCGCUCGCCGUUGGCGACGAAGUGCUCGUUUUGCUUCCUUCAACGCAUAACAAGCUUACUAUGCAGUGGAAAGGCCCAUACACCGUUAUUAAACGUCACGAUAACGGAGUAGAUUACUUAAUUAAAGUAAAGGGUAAAGCCAAACUUUACCAUAUUAACAUGAUGAAAAAGUUCAUUAAAAGGGAGGACAUUGAAACGCCUAAUGUUUGCCAGAUAUGUGUAGUAGAUGAUAUUGCUAGUGAUGACACGUGUGAUGUCUCUGUAAUGAGCAAUACGGUAACUAACUUUAAUAUCGGUGCAGAUCUAAAACCUGAUCAAAUAAAAGAGCUAAGGAACCUACUUGAUAAAUACCCAGAUGUAUUUUCAGAUAACCCUGGACUAACUAGCUCGGUAACGCACGAUAUCAAAUUAACUACCACCGAACCCGUACACCGCAAGCCUUACGCGAUUCCUCACCAUUUGAUUAAACCAUUUGAGGCAGAAGUACAGAGAAUGAAAGAACUUGGAGUGAUCGAACCAUCCGAUUCGCCGUACUGUUCGCCCGUAGUUCUCGUGAAAAAGUCGAAUAACACCUGGAGGUUCUGUGUUGAUUUCAGAGCUCUGAAUAAUAUUAGUCAAUUCGAUGCUGAACCGAUGCCUUUUAUGGACGAAGCGCUGGGAAACUUCACAUCAGAUAAGUUCUUCACAGAACUCGAUUUAUGUAAAGGUUAUUGGCAAAUUCCCUUAAGUGAACGAUCUAAGCCAUAUACUGCUUUUGCAACCAAGUACGGUUUAAUGCAGUUUGCGAGGUUGCCGUUCGGAUUGAAAACCGCAUGCGCGACAUUCGUGCGAUUAAUGAGGAAAGUAAUAAAGGGUCUAAAUAACACGGAUUGUUACUUUGAUAACAUUGUUGUUCACAAUGCUAAGUGGGAAGAUCACUUAAUCGACCUUACUAACUUGCUGAACAGGCUCCGUUUACAUGGAUUAACUGCAGGUCCUGAUAAAUGCUUCUUUGGCUACACAAAAAUUAAGUAUCUAGGUUUCACAUUGGGUGAUAACUGUUUAAGACCUGUUGAUGCUAAAAUUAAAGCUAUAAUAGAUAUGCCUCUCCCUAAAACAAAAAAGCAACUAAGGUCUUUCUUGGGAACAGUCUCGUUCUACCGUAAAUUUAUCCCUAAUUUUGCGGAUAUAGUAUCUCCUAUUAAUGUCUUGCUGAGAAAAUAUAGUAGUAAUGUGUUAAUAUUAAAUGAUGAACAGAUUGCAAGGAUCAAUUUAUUGAAGGAUAAAUUAAUUAACGCCCCAAUUCUCACAUUGCCCGAUUAUAACAAGCAAUUCUUUCUGAGAACUGAUGCUUCUGACACGGGCUUGGGUGCAAUCCUUCUGCAGGAAAUGAAUGGAGAAUUAAUGCCUGUCGCCUAUGCCAGCCGCGCACUAUUAGACCGCGAGACGUGUUACGCAGUUAUAGAACGCGAAUGCCUCGCUAUAGUUUGGGGAAUAGAAAAGUUUAAAUCUUACUUGUACGGUAAAGAAUUCAUUCUACAAACGGAUCAACAGCCAUUAACAUAUCUACUGAAUAUGAAGAAUAGUAAUGGCAGACUUAUGCGCUGGUCUCUCGCCUUGCAGGCAUAUUCUUUUAUAAUUCAGUAUAUCAAAGGUGUUGAUAAUGUAGGAGCUGAUCUCCUUAGUCGAUGUCCGCCAAGCAGAUCGUACCCUAGCAGUGCUCUACCACCUUGUCCUAACGACUCUCGGAGCCCUACAUCUUGGCCCUGUGAUUCUCGGUGCCUACGACUUUCGGUGCCCUACAUCUUGGCCCUGUGA